GAGAACAUGACGAUGCCCAGGACGAUGCCCAGGACGAUGCCCACGACGAUGCUGCCAUACAUACUUGGGACACAUACCAGGGUCCCAAGUACCUCCGAGGCCUCGACUAUCAACGCAACAGUCUCUGUUAGGCCAGUGACAGUGGACCCUACGGAGACGAUCAGCACCCGGGGGCAGACCCCAACCCCAGCUUCCUCAACCCCCUUGGCAACUACUGAAUUUGCUUCUUCUGGGAUUCCGGUGGGUGCCAACGUGACCACCCCCGCACCCGAGCCUACAACCUCUCAGGAAGUUUCCGCCAAGACAUCGAUGUCGCUUCCAGAACCGUCAGCCGUAGCCAGUGACUCACCUGUCACCAAAGCCAAUCCUGUGACAGACCCCACUGAGACAUUUACCUCUCUAGAAACCGUGAUGACCAGUGCAGCCCCCGUCACCAUGACGACAAGCCCCAAGGCCACCAGUGGACCCUCUGUGGCUACAACAGUAAGCUCCAAGAUCACUGGUGCCCCCGUCACCAUGGCUACUGGGUCUCAGGGGCCCUCCACUGAGACUCGUGGACUCCCAGCCACCAGAGCAACCAGUUCUGUGGAGAGUUCCAGUGUGGCCGGUAGCACCCCGGUUUCCAAGAGGAAAAUAUCCAUAGUGCCUACUCCAAAGCCCACCGGGACACCUGACCAGGGAGCAAGCGGCAUGUUGCUGGUACCUAUGUUGGUGGCCUUGCUGGUGGUUUCGUUCCUCGUGCUGCUGCUGCUGCUGUGGCGCCGGCGGCAGAAGCGGAGGACCGGGGCCCUGACCCUGAACAGAGACGGCAAGCGAAACGGGGUGGUGGAUGCCUGGGCCGGGCCAGCUCAGGUGUCUGAUGAAGAGGCCGCGGCGGCAGCAGCAGCAGCGUCAGGGCCAAGGGGCAGCAAGGGCUCCGGGGCCGUGGAGACGGAGGGGUCCGGGCAACGGCCCACACUCACCACUUUCUUCGGCAGACGAAAGUCUCGCCAGGGCUCUAUGGUAAUGGAGGAGCUGAAGCCUGGGCUAGGUUCCAACCUAAAGGGGGAGGAAGAGCCGCUGGUGGGCAGUGAUGAUGAGGCUGUGGAAACCCCCACUUCCGAUGACAAAGCCAGGGCCUCACCUCAAUGCUUAUGAGCAACAGGUCUUCCCCCGCUCCUUAACCCUGGGUCCUGCUGUCCGCAUCCUCACGUUCUGCAUUUGUGAACAUUUGUGGACCAAAUGCAUUCAUCCAUCCAUCCAUCCUCUCUCCCGAACUCUCCCACCUCCUCUUCCUCCACGCUCCCUUUUGGAACCAGUUCCUGAAUCUCCACGAGGAAAAGCAUGGUUGACCCACAGUUCUUCCAAGGACCCCUCCUUGGGAUGUUGGGAUCUGUCAAGAGAAAUGAAAUGACAAACCAGCCAGCUCCCUGGGGUGAAACUUCAGGAGGCACUCGUACCCUCUAGCCCAGUGGGAGCCCCUCUUCGGGACUGCCCCCCCAACCUCCAUUUGCUUUGGGGCAGGCCUGGA